AAGUAAGCCAGAAUGUCUUCUGAGAUCCUGGUCAUCGGUACAUCUCUAUUCGUAUUCCUUUCGGUGCUGGUAUUUGUCCUUCAGACCAAGAAUGAUUUGGACCAAGUUUGGGCCGAGUUUGAUCAAGAAGUUCAGGAAGUGACGGUUCUCCGUGAAGCAUCGUGGAAUACUCUUCGAAACUUGGCAACUGCCAAGAAAAUCCCAAUUGAACGUUCCAAACGCCAAAGCUAUUAUGAGAAGGUCGCUGAUUCGUAUGCUUUGCCUCCUUCUCUUGGAGUAGAAGCACAUGCUCCAUCAAUCUCUCCUGAAUGCAACUGCAAUCUUGAAAACAACAACUGCCCAGCUGGGCCAUCUGGACCAAAAGGUCUGCCAGGGCAGGAUGGUGCACCGGGAGAGCCAGGACCUGCUGGGAAAAUGGGACAAAACACGGGUGAUGUUCAAACAAUGCAUGUAGAUCCAGGAUGUCAGUAUUGUCCAGCCGGAGAAAUGGGGCCCCCAGGUGCGCCUGGAAAGAUCGGACCACGAGGUCAACGUGGACAAUCUGGCGGCGCAGGAACUCCCGGUAACAACGGAGCACCGGGACAUAAUGGAGAACUGGGACCUUGUGGUCAAGCGGGACCUCCCGGACCAGCUGGUGCAAUCGGUAGACGUGGUAUGGAUACCGUUCGCGAAAAAGGAGUACGAGGACCUAUUGGUGCUCCAGGACCCGUUGGUCCUGUUGGAAUGGAAGGAGAUCGAGGAAAUCGUGGAGGUCUUGGUGUGGAUGGACCGUUGGGUUCUAUUGGUCUUCAAGGUCCCCCUGGAAGAACUGGAUCUACAGGAGAUGUUGGAGAAUCUGGACCCAUUGGGCCGAAUGGUCAAGAUGCAUUGUAUUGUCCAUGCCCGAAACGCGUUGCCGAUGGUGCCGGCGGUGGAGUCUACCAGCCCUACAAGCAAUAAUUGUUCAGUGUUUUUCGAAUAAACUUAAUUUAUUUAA